AUGGAUCCAGGUUCGGCUCAGGUCACGCUGACAUCCGAUGGACCACCAAAAAUGUUCACCUUCGACGGCGCCUAUUUCAUGGACUCAACUGGAGAGCAGAUUUACAACGAUAUCGUCUAUCCACUGGUUGAGAAUGUCAUUACCGGCUACAACGGCACCGUAUUCGCGUAUGGCCAAACAGGCUCAGGGAAAACAUUCUCCAUGCAAGGUUAG